UGGAAUUUGUAUUUUUUUUCUCCCUGUUAUAGUGUGCAUUUUUCUCUCUCGUUUUAACUCUUAACCUUCUGCCUGUGCUGAUUAUUUUUUUCCUUUUUUUAAUUACUCAAAUCAUGAGCCAAUCAUAAGCUGCUUAACUUUGUGACAAAGUAAAAGGUUAAGAUACACACAUUGCAUUCAGCCUCACUUUAUAGAUAAAAGCAAUGGGAAGAUUAGACUACCGAGAAGGUCAACUAAAAUGAUGGAAGGAUUCAUGUGAUGUGAAGGCAGACUGAGGGAAAUUAGCUUGUAGGCCAUGUUAAAAAGGUGCUGGAAGAUAACACUAAAGAGAUGUUUGCAAGGGUUGGUGGGAAAAGGGGGAGGAGGAAAAAUUUCACUCAUUAGCUGAGUGCCUGAAAGAUGAGUUGCAGUGACUUGAAUUAAAAAAGGAAAAAGAGGUUCGACUUCAGGAUGAGCUUGUUUUAAGGCCCAUCUAACUUUGGAAUCAACUGCCUGAUUUUGGUGAUUGCUGCUGCUGUGUUAGAGCCACCCAGACACAGUUGAAGCAGACUUCUGGUAGGAUUGGUGUUGUGCAAAAUCUUAGGCAGUGUGAGCAAGAUGGAGUUAAACAGGUGAUAGGAGAGGUCCGUGGCUUUUAGUUCCUUUAAAUGGUUAACUAAAAAGUAGGGGAAAGUGUCUCAAACAAGGAAAUAAGUCAAGGACUGUCACUUUUAAUUUUAAGAGAUGUGAUUGGAAAAUCUGUGCUCAUUAAUUUAACUUCCCAGGAUGUCGUGACUAGAGGACUUCAUGAUAAGGGACGUGGAAAAUAAAGUGCAUUUUAUCUUUUGAGACCUUAGCGUUGGUUUACAAAGCUCCCUCCGGUGUUAACCUUUGAACUCUCCCGGUUCGAGUUCAAUCAGUCACUAGGACAGCCAGAGAAGAUUCACAACAAGCUAGAAUUUCCCCAGAUUAUUUAUAUGGACAGGUAUUUGUACAGCAGUAAAGAGAUUAUUCAAAAGAAGAGAGAGGAGACGAGGAAGUUGAGGAAGCAAAUAGCAAUUCUUCAGCAGAAAUUGGAAAGAUACAUGAAAUAUGGCUCUGGCCCAAGCCGCUUCCCAUUACCUGACAUGCUGCAGUAUGUUCUUGAAUUUGCCAGUACAAAGCUACCUUUAGUUGUUCCCUCUGCUCAGGACUCUCAGAUGACUCCUGCACAGUCCCCAGCUGAGAGCUGUGGUCUGAAUGAACCUCUGCAGCAAAAUAGUGUAUUAGAAACAGAAAGUACUGAGAACACUGAAGGUGCAGCAUCCACUCUGAUAAACCCUCCGUCCCAGGAAGAAUUAAUGAGCAAGCUGCCCCAGCCCUCCUGUUUACCAGCAGAAAUGCCUGAAUGCCCAGCUCCUCGUGUGGUCACUGAGGAGGAGAUGAGCCUAGUUAGGACGUGCCUGCAGCGAUGGAGGAGCGAGAUUGAGCAGGACAUCCAAGAUCUGAAGGACUGUAUUACCAGAAUCAAUCAAUCCAUUGGUCAAAUGUAUGGUGACCCUGUCCUCCGUCAGGUUCCUUAUCGCUUGCAUGCUGUCCUGGUUCACGAGGGCCAAGCAAAUGCCGGUCACUACUGGGCCUACAUAUACUACCAGCCCCGGAAGAGCUGGCUCAAAUACAAUGACAUCUCUGUGACAGAAUCAUCCUGGGAAGAACUGGAGAGAGAUUCAUAUGGAGGCCUGAGGAAUGCCAGUGCCUAUUGUCUGAUGUACAUCAAUGAUAAGCUGUCCCACUUUGUUGCAGAUGCUUCUUCUGAUGCAGAAACGGGACAGUUUCAGAAAGAAGUAGAACUUCUGCCACCUGAACUCCAGAAUUACAUACAAGAGGACAACUGGAGGCUUGAACAGGAGGUGGAGGAAUGGGAACAGGAGCAGUCCUGCAAGAUCCCUCAGAUAGAGCCUUCAGCUACUUCUGAAUCUCAGGAUUUCACUUCUGAAUCAGGACAAGACCAAUCCUCAGGCUGUGAACACAGCAUACGCUCGCUGUCCUCCGAACAUGCCAGGAUUGCAAAGGACCAGACUGCCCAGGCCAUUGCAAAUACAGCUGAUGCCUAUGAGAAGAAUGGUGUAGAGGCUGCUCUGUGUGAGCCAAAGGAGGCAGAACCAACGAAGACCCAGCUGAGAGAAACAGCCCUUACAGUUCAGUCAGAACAGCAACAAGAUGCUAAAGGGACAGAGUCUGCUGCCCAGCCUAGCUCACAGGUCUCUGAAGUGGAGAUCCCCAGAGUGGGGAAGAUUCUGGUUAGAUCUGAUGCAGAUGGAUAUAAUGAGGAGGUGAUGCUUAGCCCAGCCAUGCAGGGUGUGAUCCUGGCUAUUGCUAAAGCCCGUCAGACAUUUGACCGGGAUGGGUCUGAAGCAGGGCUUGUUAAGGCAUUCCAUGAAGAGUACUCCAGACUGUAUCUGCUGGCCAAAGAGACCCCAACCCCUCACAAUGACCCCCGGCUGCAACACGUGCUCGUCUACUUCUUGCGGAACAAUGCUCCCAAGCAGGUAGUGGAGCGGACCCUCCUGGAGCAGUUUGCAGAUAGAAACCUCAGCUACGAUGAAAGGUCAAUUAGCAUUAUGCAAGUAGCACGAGCUAAGCUGAAGGAGAUUGGCCCUGAUGAUGUGAAUAUGGAGGAGUAUAAGAAAUGGCAUGAAGACUACAGUUUAUUUCGCAAGGUGUCUGUUUACCUGCUGACAGGGUUGGAACUCUACCAGAAUAGAAAGUACCAGGAAGCACUGACCUACCUGGUGUAUGCCUACCAAAGUAACACCACCCUGCUCAUGAAAGGACCCAACCGAGGGGUGGAUGAAUCACUGAUUGCUUUAUACAGAAGAAAAUGCCUCUUGAAGCUGAAUGACAUGGCCGCGGCUUUGUUUGUAAGCAGUGCGGAGGCAGAUGUGUUGGAGGGCAUUAACAUCCUGAAUGAGCUGAUCAUCCCCUGUAUGCACCUCAUUAUCAAUAAUGACAUCUCCAAGGACGACCUGGAUGCCAUUGAGGUCAUGAGGAACCGCUGGUGCUCUUAUCUGGGACAAGAAGACAUGGAUGCCAACCUGCAAACGAAGCUGGGCGAACUGCUCCCUAGGCUCCUGGACUGCUCUGCAGAGGUCAUCAUUCUAAAAGAGCCCCCGAAGAUCCGGCCCAACUCCCCCUACGACCUCUGCAGCCGCUUCGCAGCCGUGAUGGAGUCCAUUCACGGGGCCGCACCUGUGACUGUCAAAUAAACUUCCAACUUUCCAGCCCUAGAUGCGGUACAUAGGAACCCACCUAUUGGCGUAGUAUCCUGCUGUCAGACAACAUUCGAAUGGGAGAGGGAGGAGAAUAGGUAGAUAAAGACGAUUCAUAUCCAGAUGUAAACCAUGCUCUUGGUGUCGAUACAAAGGAAUGAAAAGCAGUAUUGCACUUAAGAUACAAUUGUCAAUGAGAAUGCGAAGGGCAGGAACCACUGUUGUAAGAUGGCACAAUAUAUGGCUGGCAGUAACAGCUGCUUCUCAUCUCCACAACAGCAAAAAAUGCACUGUCUCUCCGUUCCUUGCCCCUUUCUAAAAUGUCCCUCAGGCAAGAUACUUGGGACAGUGACAACAGCCGCACAAGAGAAUGGUUCAUUGACAAAUCAGUGACACUUAUUAGCUUGGUUCUGGCAAACACAUCCACACCUUUCUAAAUUCUUAGCUGAAAGAGCUUAUAAAUCCAGAUCUUGGCAAAGUACGGCUCGCAGGAGUCGGGAGACUGAGAGACAGCGAGGAUUGAUGGCACACUGUGUAUGUAAGGCAGGCAGUCAUGUGUGCAGCUACGUAUUUUAGUUGAUUGAAGUCAAACAGGAAGUUAAGUUGCCUCUUGUUUUUUUAACAGUCAAACAAAUAUGUCUUGUUUUGAGACAGACAAAAG